AUGAAGCAAGGAGAUUUGCAUGUGGUUGUUCUCUUGUACGUGAAUGACAUGAUAAUAACUGGAAACAAUGAUAAUGAAGUUGCAAGUCUUCAAGAAGAGCUUUCCAUAAGAUUUGAUAUCAAGAAGUUGGAAGAAUUACAUCAUUUUCUUGGCUUAGAGAUAACAAACACGAGUAAAGGGAUCUUUGUUACCCAAGAAAGGUAUGCCAAGAAGCUUGUUGACAGAUCCCAAGCCUUUCGAGCUCUAGUUGGAAGUCUCCUAUAUUUGACUAUUACAAGGACAGGCAUUGCUUUCUCUGUUGGAUAUGUCAUCCUAUUUAUGCAAUCACCAAGAAAGCCGCACUUGGAAGCUGCAAAGAGGAUUCUAAAAUAUAUCAACUCAACAUCAGAAUUGGGCCUCUUCUUCCAAAGAAAGAAUAAUUUGGUAUUAAUCGGGUAUACUGAUGCAGAUUUUGGUGGUGAUAUGGAUAAUCGAAGAUCUACAUCAGGCUAUAUUUUUCUCUGUGAUGGAACAAGUGUUUCUUGA